GGCUGCGGCAGGACCGUGCGGCCGCCGCCAUGUCGCGCUGCGGAGAGGAUGUCGUAAGUGAGGAGAGUGAAGAGGAAAGCAAUGGAGUCAACUUGAUGGAAUUCUCAGAUGAGAUCCUUCUGCACAUCCUCAGCUAUGUCCCUUGCACAGACCUGGUCCUCAAUGUCAGGAGAACCUGCAGGAAACUUGCAACACUUUGCCUUGACAAGAGUCUAACACAUACAGUGCUGCUUCAGAAGGACUAUAAGGUGAACAAAGACAAAGUGAAGCAGCUGAUGAGGGACAUUGGGAAGGAGAUCUACCAGCUGAACAUGGCCGGGUGCUACUGGCUGCCCAGCUCCACCAUUGACCACGUGACGCGGUGCAAGAACCUGGUGAAGCUGAACCUGUCGGGGUGCCACGUCACCUCGCUGCGCCUCUCCAAGAUGCUCUCCUCGCUGCAGCACCUGCGCUCCCUGGCCAUCGACGUGAACCCGGGCUUUGAUGCCAGCCAGCUGAGCAGUGAGUGCAAAGCCACCCUCAGUCGGGUCUCGGAGCUGAAGCAGACCCUCUACACACCCUCCUACGGCGUCGUGCCGUGCUGCACCAGCCUCGAGAAACUGCUGCUCUACUUUGAGAUCCUCGACCGCUCGCGGGAGGGGUUCAUGCUCUCUGGGCAGCUGAUGGUGGGCGAGAGCAACGUGCCCCAUUACCAGAACCUCCGCAUCUUCUACGCCAGGCUGGCUCCUGGCUACGUCAAUCAGGAGGUGGUGAGGCUGUACUUGGCAGUGCUGAGUGAUCGGACACCUGAGAACCUCCACGCCUUCCUCAUCUCUGCCCCCGGCAGCUUUGCAGAGACGGGAGCCACCAAAAACCUCCUGGACUCCAUGGCCCGAAAUGUUCGUCUGGAUGCUUUACAACUGCCCAAAGCCUGGAUCAACGGCUCCGGGCUCCUGCAACACUUGAAGUUCAACAACCCUUUCUACUUCAGCUUUAGCCGAUGCACCUUAUCUGGUGGGCACCUGAUCCAGAGGGUCAUUAAUGGCGGGAAGGAUCUUAAAAGCCUGACCAGUUUGAACCUCAGUGGCUGCGUUCACUGCCUGGCCCCGGAGUCCUUGUUUCGGAAAGCAGAAGAUGACAUCGACAGCAGCAUUUUGGAAAGCUUGGUAGUGUCUUGCUGCAACCUGAGACACCUGAACCUCUCUGCAGCUCAUCAUCACAGCUCUGAAAGCAUAGGGAACCACCUGUGCCAGCUCCUGUCCAGGCUAAAGCACCUGCUCUCGUUAGCACUACCAGUUUGCUCCAUCACAGAUGUUGGUGCAAGCGUGGAGAAGCCUCCCAGCACACCUAAUCUGGUGCCCCAAACAUUUGGAAGGAAAGUUCGGAUUGGGGUACAGACAUAUCCAAGGAACUUAGGGGACCAGACAAAUCAGAAGAUCGAGUCCUCAGUGUUUUGGGCUCUGAUGGGAAGCCUCAGAUUUUUGGAAACCUUGGAGAUAAUUGGGUCCAGUUUCUCCUCUGCCAUGCCCCGCAACGAGCCAGCGAUUCGGAACUCGCUGCCUCCCUGUGUCCGGGCACAGAGCGUGGGGGACUCAGAGGUGGCUGCCAUUAGCCAAUUGACUUACCUGCAGAGCCUCACCUUAGCACAGCUGCCAAAUAUCCUCACGGGCUCUGGGCUCGUCAACAUCGGGCUGCAGUGCCAGCACCUGCGGACUCUUUCCUUGGCCAACCUGGGCAUGAUGGGCAAGGUGGUCUAUAUGUCUGCUCUCAUGGACAUGCUGAAACACUGCAAGUGUUUGAGAGAUCUCAGGCUGGAACAGCCCUACUUCUGUGCGGGCGCGCAGUUCUUCCAGGCACUGAGUCACUGCUCCUCUCUCCAGCGCCUUUGCAUCGUCUCCCGGAGCGGGACUCUGCAGUCUGACGCAGUGAUGUCAUUCAUGGCCAGCUGCCUCGAGGUCAUCAUGUGCCACAUGUUCAUGGGAGAGUCUCUCACCGUUUGCAGGAACCUCCAGCAGUCCAUUGUCCGGAGUUUCCAGGCAGAGCGCCCUGCAUUAAACGUCGUCAUUUUCCCUCUGCUUCACGAGGACUUGACAGAGGUCAUCAGAGAUGUCCCCAUGAGGCACUUGGAUGAAAUUACCUUGUUUAAAAGCAGAGUGGCUGAGGAACCUCCCAAUUUGUGGUGGUGACUGCCACAGCAUGGAAAGGACAAGUCAGUGUGAACCCAUGGAGCAGCUUCUUGUUGGCCUGGAUUUCCCAUCCUUGACUCCUGGCCCCUCGCUGGAUGCUGUACAAUCACUUCAACCAGGUGCAAUUGCAAAAUAAAAAAAAGCUGGUUCUUUACAGUGGGGAAACAUCUAUUGGAUAUUGCUUGCAUCUGAAAAAAUCGUGUCUCAAAGGCUUGUGGAAUCUGAUGAGUGUUUCCUUGCGGUUGAUAUGAAUUGUUUUUGUUAUUUUACUGAAGUUAAAGGUAAGAGAAACUGACUUAACAAUGCUCUGUCCCCUGUGUCCCCUGGUGUCUGUCCCAAGGGCCCCUGUGUACGUUGGCAGUGUGCUUUGUGGUUUUGGUGGAAAUCAUUCUUUGCUUCAGUCUGUUUUUGGCAAAAUAGAGAGCCUAGGCCAGCUCAGAGGCACAAAAAUGUGUUGCUCAAUUGAAGUGCAUCACAUCUUUUCUAUGUUACAAAUAGGCAUUUGUAGUCACACAUGUGCAGUCACAGAUAUUUAAAGGUUUUUUUUUUUUUGACUGAGAAGUACCACAAGGACUCUUUAUUUUUUAAUAACAAAUUAAGGUCAUUAACACCUUGACCAUGGUAUGUUCCUGCUGGUGCUGUUUCCAUUGGUCUGGUGGAAGAAGUUCUCAGCUCUUUUGGAAAUCCUUGUCCUAGGGUAGAUGGUGCCUACAGUGAAUAAGUUGAGGCUCAGAUCUGAUUUAUAUGCAGUCUGUCUUGCAGUGUAGAUGGGAAUGUAGUGUUCCAGUUCUGUCCUUAUAUCCCAUGCCUUGAGCUCAUGCUAAUUUUAGAGAUGUUAUGAAGUAUUUUCACAGUGUGAUUUCAGUCAGCUUCUCUGCUCCACAGAACUUCCUCAGGCAUCAGUAGUGGUCUGGAUCACUUUCAUAUUGCCUUAUUUACUGAGCACUUUUAAAAGCAUCAGACAGCUGUACCAAAAGCCAAGUUACAAGUUCCUGGAGCUGCAAGUCUGGGUGGCAGAAUUUUCCUUGGUAGCAUACCAGGUCUGUCUUCUGCAAAGCAGCUGCUGACCAGAGCUGUCUGACUUCACCUAAAUCCCGAAUGUGUUGAGCUCUGCUCUUCUGGGGAGGCCCAGAGUCGUCCAAAGAUGAUGUGCCCAUCUCCUUGUCAGCAUUUCCUACCCAAGAUGCCCCCUCCCAAAUGCUCUUCUGCCCUCAGUGUUCAGAGGAAGCCUGGUUUGAUGGGACAGACUUGAGAGCAAAAUGCAUCUCCCAGCCUGGGAGGACUUUCUGUCCUUGCUUUCCAAUCAGCCACGUGUGAGCCUGCCUGGAAUUGUGUCCCACAGGUGUAAAUCUUGAGCCAGGCUGUGACGGCCCUUGUGCUCAGAGAGGUCACAGUGAGGAGCAGGUGAGUGUCAGGCUCUGCUAGCACAGGGCUGUGCCUUGCUCAGACCAGCCCUGCUGGUUUGCUGUCCUUCCCGAGGCUCUCAUCCUUCCCCUGAGAGGGCAGGGAGCCAGCUCAGCCUCUGGAGUGCAGCAGGAAUGUGAGGCCAGCUCCCCUGGGAGUGCUGCAGCUGAGCUGGGAGCACUCCUGAGUGCUGGAGGCUCUGCCUCAGCUGAGUGUGGGGAGCUGCUGCCCUGCUCCUGCCACUGCUUCCCCUCCCACUCUCCCCCCUGAGGCCUGAGGUUCUUUCUACCUCUUGUCACAUUACUCACCCGUUUGAAUCCCCUUCUCCCUCUCUUGAGCACAUCAGAUGUGCUUUUUGGCACGAGCCCGAGCUGCUGCUGUGUCCAGUUCAGGCCACUUCAGCUCUGCCUGGUUUUUGUCCGUGUUUCUUUCCUGGGAUGACCAGCAGGACUGGGCAGAGGGUGUUUGCAAGGCUGCUUUCUCCUCCUUGUUGGAAGCACUGGCAAAGUUGCCUUGUCCUGCCUGUGCCAGUGGCCUCAGGGCAGAGGGAAGGUGCAGGGUGUGGCAGGAGCUCUCUGGUGCCUUAGGGAACCUGUUCAGUCCUGUGUAGGAAUCCUGGUGUUUGGUUGAGUGGCCAUUCCCACCCUCAGCGGGAAUUUCCCUGCACAAACAGCUGUGGUGGCAUCAGCAGGAGCUGGGCAGUGCUCACCUCUCCUGUUCCUCUGGAAAAGCUGGGCUGGGGGACAGUGCUGUGCAGAACCAGCUGCUGCCUGAUUCUGGUGUGAAACCUUUGCUCUUGGGCUUGCAAUCACCUGGUGGAACGUGCUGUGCACUUGGCUUGGCACAUCCAUGUCCACCUGCCUGGUGUGCUGCUGCUGGAUGGGAGCAGCAGCCAGGGGUGUUUUAUAUGCUGUUAUUCUCUUGCCAGGGAUGUGAUGUUUGGGCAUCUGUAUUCAUGCAAGUGGGUCACAAGUCCUGAUGAUGCUGCCAGUUGUAAGCAGGGCUAGGAAAGGUCACCCACAGGUGAUAAAGGCAGCAUCCCAAACAGUAAUAAAGAGCUAAAAUCACCUUCCACCCCCAACUCCCCAACUCUGGGCCAGUGCUUGAUAUCUCUACUACAAAUCCUCUUAUGGAGAGUGAGAAUUUCCGCUGCUUUUGCACUCCAGGCAGGAUUCACCAGAUGUUAAUAAUGUGCUUAUUUUCUCUAAGUGCUAUUUUGGCAUCGGUGUUAAUUACAAUUUAUAUUCUGCAACAUUUACACUGGGAAAAGAACCCACCCUAAUGGUACCCAAUUGGCAGAGCUGGGCUAUUAAACACAGCUCCAUAUGUUGUGAGCAGAGCAGUGCAUGGGACUCAGAGCCCACUCAGCACUCAGGCAGGCAGCUGCAGAGGAAGAGAGGGGAGCAGAGAGAGGGGUGUUCUGCUCCUGGAUUUUAUUUAAUAUGAAAUCCCCCCUCCUUUUCUCUGUCCCCAUCUCUCCAGAAAUCUCCCUCCUGCUAUCUGGGAGCAUUUAAGGAGGUGAUCUCUGAGCCUGCUGAUGCUGCUGUCCAUAGUCUGAAACAAAUGAAUUCAAUUCUAGAAGGUGCCCUUCUCGCAGGGAGUGCCUCUGCAGGAUCCCAGUCCCUGCUGCCUUCCAAAGCAGACCUCCAAUCUUUGGGAACUGCAGCAGAAAUCUUUGCUCUGACAUCAUCUGAAAUCAUGCCCCAAAGAGUCCAUGGUUCUGUGGGAGAAGGAUGUUCUGGGACAGGUCUGUUCUUGUGUAAAACUCGAUGUAGAUUGCUGCUCUGCUCAUGUCCAAAGUCUUGUUUGGCUGGGAGGGUCUGGAGUGGCCCUGGUGUGGGGAAUUCAGAGGGGCUGAGUCGUCUGUGUUCCCGUGGGUUUCCUGGGAGCAUGGGUUAAAGGAUUGCUUCCUCAGCUGCUGGCAAAGCUGAUUUCAUGGUCUCUUUAGGAAAUGGCAGUGUGUGCACUGCCCUGUUAGGAGAAGGGGCUGUGUGGUGACAGUCUCUCCCUUCAGGAGAGCUCUGACUGUGGUCCCCGCUCUGUCAGGGAGGAUAAGAUGGGAGUGAGAGGAGGCAGGGCAGGAUGGAGUCACGGAUCUCCCUCUGGAAUCCAGACACACAUCCUGAGCUUGGCCUGUUGUGGGAGGGGAGGAGGCUCCCCAGGUGCUGAACCCUCCCCUCCAGGUGAGGUGUUGCUCACAGAGGGCAGACCUGGGGCUGGGGUGCACUGAGAGCAGCAGAGCCACAGCCCCCCUCACUGGGGUUUAGUUCUCAUCACUGCCUCCUCUGCAGGACCUGUCCCCUCACAGGGAUGUUCAGAGCUGUGGGACAGUGGGCAGGAGUGUGGGACUGUCCCUGUGAGGUGCUGGGUGCCUCCUUCCAGCAGUGCUGGUUUAGGAUGAAGCUGUAGAAAUUUGGGGCUUUCCCCCUGGUGGAGUGAAGCAGUGCAGAAGGGUUGUUUCACCUGUCUGAGGGGGAUGCAGUUCCCUCUUGGCUGGUCCCAGCAGAGUGUCCAAAGCUGGCAGAGCAGUGCAGGAGCUGUGCUGGGUGCUGCAGAGCCCAGUCUCCUUCCACUGCAGCUCUCCUGCCUCUUUGAGAUGCACAGGCAGCCAGGGUACUCCAGCAGGAGAAUCAUUUCCAUAGAAACCAAUUGGGAUGUUGUACAGGGAAUAAUGAUUAAUAGUGAAGGGAUGUUGCCUCAGGCACUUUUCAUUUUUUAGGGGGCAGUGAGGGACAAACUGGGGCACAGGUAGGGGGACAGGGAGACUUGAAAACUAAUGGAAACCAUCUCUUCCAUUAAUUUCCAGGGCAGCUUCCCCUCUUCUCCUCCUACCCAGCCCCCCACUGCUGCUCCCAGCUUUCGUCAAAUUUUCAAAAUGGCUAACCUGGUUAGAAAUAAUCAUAAUAAUAAAAAAGGAUGGAUGAGGUCUGACUACUAACAUUGUUGCUGUUAGCAGCAGGAUUUCAGCCAUAAAACAUGAAGCAAGGGAGGCAUUGACCUUUCCGCUGUUUGAAAUGAAUGGAGACAUCAAUAUCUAUUGUUUUGUGGCAUUGACCUCUGACGCUCUCAGCUCGCCCUCCCCUUUCUUUUUUUUUAAUUUCCCCCUGACACUGGAGGAAAGGGGUCAGUCUGUACCAUCUAUUGAUCCCCAUCUUACUUGGUGAUAGGGAAAUAAUUAGAAUUUUAAAGAUCCCUGCUGCACGCUGGUGAAAUACACACACAGAGGCACAGGCUAAGCCCCCGCUUGCCAUGUUGUGUUCUCCCCCCUUCCUUGCAGAGAUCCAAAGCUCUGAGAUCUGAAGGAAGGCAGAUCAAUAUAGGUUUAAUCAUGAUGGGGGUUUUAUUUCAGUUUUUUAAAUAGUAAAGUGUAACAUUUUAUGUUAAUGUUGUCGGAGCCUGGCUGCCUGGUGCCUUGUUUUAUUUAUUCUUUUAAGUAGCCCCUUCUUUUGUGAACUUCAUCUAUGUACAGAGAAUGUGAAAUCAGGCAUUGCUAAUUAGCUGUAUGACAAUUAAGUAAUGUAGCACAAAACCAUUAGGACACUGGAUUUGUUUUUGAAGUUUGUCCUUUGAAGUGGAAGCUGCAACUCCCUGCCCAAGGCUGCUGGGGAAAAUGUUUUUCUAUCAAAACUUUCUUUGAAAAUAAAAUGUCAGUGUAAGAGUCCCUAUUUCUGUCGUCUCUCCCUCUAAACAGCGGCUGGAAAUUGUUUCUCCUUGUAAAAACUGCUGGCAUUGAUGGAAAGGGGGAUUCAGGAAAGCAUUCAAUGGGCAGUUGGUCUCCAAACCCCCUCAAUUCUGGUAGAGAUAUGACCAAAAAUUCUUCUUUAGCUCCUUGAAAGGGAACGGUGCCACGCUAGGAGAGAAGACCCAGCACCCAACUCUGGAGAUGGCAAAGGGAGGUGGUGCUAAAACUGGGGGUCCAUCUCUGACCCCCCAGGUGCCACCAGGGUGGCAGCCUGGUCACAGACCCCUGCAGGCUCCUGGGCUCGGGCUCCUCCAUCGUGUGCUGGUUUGACACUUGUGUUUGCAUCUGGCCCUUUGUCCUCGUAGUGAGUCCAGUUCUGAAUGUGCAACUUUCAUGUACGCUGGUGGCAUGUAAAACUUCAAAUAAAGAGUGGAACAUUUGGAACCA